GCCAGAAGGGGGCGGGAGCGCGGUUCUUCCAGCCAACGUCAGCACGCACGGCGUCGGUGAGGGUGUGGACGUCCAGUGUGCUGGAGAUAACACAGCUCUUCCAAGAACUUCUUCUCUGUCCCAGCUGCUAAAAACGUCAACAGGCGUAAAUAUUGGGGAGAGUGCCUCUGAGCCCUCACCAUCGUAUUCCUCGCUGUCCCAGAAGAGGGACUGAUGAUUGCUUUUAUUUGACCAAGUUUAACCCCGCAACCUAUAUAAGUACACCUUAACAGAAGAAGAAUACACCAGCUAAAAUGGAUGACAUCUUCACGCAGUGCCGAGAAGGCAAUGCCGUAGCAGUUCGCUUAUGGUUGGACAACACAGAGAAUGACCUCAAUCUGGGAGACGACCAUGGCUUCAGCCCUCUCCACUGGGCUUCCAGAGAAGGACGCUCCAAUGUGGUGGACAUGCUCAUUAUGAGAGGAGCUCGCAUUAACGUCAUGAACCGCGGAGAUGACACACCUCUGCACCUGGCUGCCAGUCACGGGCAUCGAGACAUUGUGGGAAAGCUGAUCCAGUGCAAAGCAGACACUAACGCAGCCAAUGAACACGGGAACACACCACUGCACUAUGCCUGCUUCUGGGGCCAGGACCUAGUGGCUGAGGAUCUUGUGACUAGCGGUGCUCAGGUGAGCAUUUGUAACAAGUAUGGAGAAACUCCUUUGGACAAAGCCAAACCUCACCUACGUGACCACCUCAGAGAAAUGGCUGAGAAAAUGGGGCAGAUUUUGACUAAAAUUCCCUUCAAGGACACGUUCUGGAAAGGCACCACCAGAACUCGACCUCGUAAUGGCACUUUGAACAAACAUGCUGGUAUUGACUACAAACAGCUCUCUCUCCUGGUAAAAAUAAACGAAAACCAUUCUGGAGAGCUGUGGCAAGGUCGCUGGCAAGGAAAUGAAAUAGUUGUAAAGGUGCUAAAAGUUCGUGACUGGACAAACCGGAAAAGCAGAGACUUCAACGAGGAAUAUCCCAAACUCAGGAUAUUUUCCCACCCGAAUGUUCUGCCCAUGUUGGGAGCAUGUCAGUCUCCUCCUGCCCCUCACCCCAUCAUCAUCACACACUGGAUGCCUUAUGGCUCUCUCUACAACGUGCUGCAUGAAGGCACCAACUUUGUGGUUGACCAGACACAGGCAGUGAAGUUUGCAUUGGACAUUGCUUGUGGAAUGGCUUUCUUACACACACUUGAACCAAUGAUCCCACGGCACUAUCUUAACAGCAAGAGUGUUAUGAUAGAUGAAGACAUGACAGCCAGGAUCAGCAUGGCAGACGUCAAGUUCUCCUUCCAGUGUCCUGGCAGGAUGUACUCGCCUGCGUGGGUAGCCCCUGAGGCCCUGCAGAAAAAGCCAGAAGACAUCAAUCGUCGAUCAGCAGACAUGUGGAGCUUUGCUAUUCUGCUGUGGGAGCUGGUGACAAGGGAAGUUCCCUUUGCUGAUCUAUCCAACAUGGAAAUAGGCAUGAAGGUCUCCUUGGAGGGUUUGAGGCCCACUAUCCCCCCAGGCAUUUCACCGCACAUUUGCAAGCUCAUGAAGAUAUGCAUGAAUGAAGACCCAGCAAAGAGGCCUAAAUUUGACAUGAUCGUGCCAAUUCUGGAAAAAAUGCAGGACAAAUGAAAACAAAAAUCUUAUUGUCUAUCCUGUACUGAAUGGUUGAAUUAUCAGAUCCCAUCUCCCAGAUACUACAGCGAUGUGGUGUGGUGCUUACCAGUAUUGCCUUACACUUGUUGCUCUACCGCUGCAUUCAAUGCCACUGUAAUUUUGACCUCUAAAAAACUUUAGCAGCAGUCACUUAUUUUAUAUUAUUUUAUUGUAUCAUGUUUGUAUUGAACUUCUACUGUAAUCAUCUGAUCUGAGUACAAUCUUCAAGUGAUUGAAUAACCUGUGAACGGCAGCAUCUGCAUUGCGUCACUGGAGUUUCUGAACUGAGCUGCACGCGAUGAGGAACUUGCUCUCUCAUACUGGAGACAUAACGCAUUCAUCCAAAGCUUGCCUUGUGGGAGAAAAGUUUCCAUGUAGUAAACGUACAGUAUGCAGCUGCAGAUAUGCAUGACGACUGAAACCAAGCAUUUAAACACAUAAGAUGGCUGAGAAAAUUUAUGGGUGAUUGAUGCCGUUCAGCUUGGCUGUUAAGUUCAAAAGCUUGGCCAGUCUUGAGCGUUGGCCACUGACUGUGUCAUGUAAAGCUUGCUGUGAUGUGUCAAUGCAGCAAAAAAGUCUUUGUUGAUUUUAGCAAUUUUGCAAAGAUUGCAGACUUUGUCUUAAUGUUAUAUAUAUAUAUAUAUAUAUAGUUGAUCAAAUGAUCAACUUUAAUCUAGUUAAUUUUCAUAAUUCCCUUAAAAAAACAUUGAGCUUUGUUAGCUGUACUGUUGAAAGUCAUUCAGACCGUCUGAAUUGAAUUGUUCAAUUUAUGUUAAAUUCUGCCGAUCUGUGUCCUACAAAAUGCAUUUUUGUCUUUUCUGUGUUGUAUGUGAAAAGAAUACUGCAGCCCACACUGUAAUUUAUUCAUGGAUAUCAUAGGUACAAGUAUAUUUUAUUAUGGUUACAAUAAAAGCUGCUGCCAACAGAAGGAUCCUGGGAUUUAAAGGGUUGUCCUUAACAUCCUAAAACUUUUUAUUUUUAUUUUCUCUUAUUUUUUUUCUUGAUUUUUUGUUAUCCUUUACUUUAUGGGUUGAUUAUUAUACCUAAAUCAAUUCUUUGCCUUCACCAGCUUGCUUAUUUGUCCUGAAUUAGCCAAACUCGAAACUACUUUUGCAAAUGUCUGUAUUUAUAUAUAAGUAUAUUAAAGCUAUAUUAAAAUUG